CAUUUGCAUCAUGAUUAGCUGUCUCUCAGCCUCCUAUAAUUAACUAGUUAAUUACCUUAAUUUAACUAAUCAGCCCUCCUAAUCUCACGGCUUCGUAUAAAAGUCCACCUCCUCCUCGAGGUCACCCGCAUCCCCGUCACAAACUCCCCCGCGAGCCUCGGCCAGCGGACGCGCACCCGUCAACCCGCUAGGAGUGCCUGCCGCUGAGACAAGAUCCGCUUCGGCGCGCUCACCGGACCGGCGAGAUCGCCGGAGGCCAUGCCGGUGUCGGACUACCAGGGCUCCUCCUCGUCGCCCUCGCCCUUCUCCUCCUUCGGCCGCUCGUUGCUCUCGCUCCGGAGGGACACCACCGCCAUGCCGUCCGGGGAGGAGGCCGACCUCGAGGCGUUCCAGCGCCACGUGGCGGCGAACCUCGCGGAGCUGCUCCCCGGGGAGGGGGGCGAGCCCGGGGAGGAGAUCCUCUCCGUCGCGUGGAUCCGGCGGCUCCUCGAGGCGUUCAUCCUGUGCCAGGAGGAGUUCCGGGUCGUGGUGGCCCAGGCGCGCCGACGCGGGGCGCUCACGGUGGCUGCGGAGAAGCUCGUCGCCGAGUUCCACGAGCGCGCCGUCAAGGCGCUCGACGUCUGCAACGCCGCCCGCGACGGCGUCGACCAGGUGCGCCGCUGGGAGCGCCUCGCCGACAUCGCCGCGUCCGUGCUGCUCGCGCCCGGGGAGAUCCACGAGGGACAGCUCCGGCGCGCGCGCAAGGCGCUCUCCGACCUCUCCGUCCUCCUCGUCGACGACACCGCCGCCUCUGCCAGCGGCGGCGUCGCAUCCUUCCUCGCCUCCCACCGCAACCGCUCCUUCGGCCGCGCGCGCGCGUCCCCUUCCCGCUCCGCGGUCGCCGGCUCCUCCGCCUCCUCCUCCCACUUCCGCUCCCUCUCGUGGAGCGUGUCCCGCACGUGGUCCGCGGCGCGGCAGCUGCAGGCCAUCGGAGCCGGCCUGGCCGCGCCACGCGCGCACGAGGCGGGCCUCGCGGCGCCGGUGUACUCCAUGGGCUGCGUGCUCCACCUCGCCGCGUGGGCGCUCGUCGCCGCCGUCCCGUGCCCCGACCGUGCCAGCGCGCUCCAGGCGCACCACCUGCCCGCCGCACCGCCGCGCGCGGCAUUCCCCUGGGCGCCGCCUCUCCUCACCCUGCAAGAACGCCUCACCGAGGAGGGGAAGCGCAAGGACAGGCGCCAUUCUUCCGGCCUGCUCAAGGAGAUCCAUGCGCUUGAGAAGUCCACGCAGAAGCUGGCCGAGGCAAUUGACGCAGCUCCCAUCCCUCUCUUCGGUGACAGGGAAGCCGAUGUGCGGGAGGCUGCGGCGGAGCUCGCCGCCGUGUGCGCAGCGAUGAGGGACGGUCUCGAGCCACUGGAAAGGCAGGUGCGCGAGGUAUUCCACCGCAUUGUUCGCAGCCGUGUGGACGGCCUCGAUUCGUCCAUGCACAAUGCCGAUUGAUCCGUCCAUCAAAAUUCUGCCUUCAGUUGGGCAAUGUGGCGAUCGUAGGUAGCUUUUUUACUCUUGGUUUGCUUGUUUAUGUUCUGAUCGUAUUAAGUAUAAAUGUGUAUCUUCGUGUAAAGAAGGGAUUUGAAAGGGGCCAUCAUGAUGAAAAGAUGGCUGCUUGGUUCCCAUGUUUCUUUUAUGCUGCAUUUGGUAUAAAUAUUUUAUCCAAAAAAAAUUAGUCACUGGUGACUAAUUUAUGAUUAACUUGUUAUGUUCCAGAGUUCCCCAAGAUCAUUUCAGAAAUGUUAUCUUUGAUCUAGUUAAGAAAAAUGAGAAACGAGAACUUUCUUCUGUAA